UUCGCGCCAUCUCUCACUGUCAUCCCUUUCCUUUCAAAUCUCCAUUUUUGUCAUUGCGGAAAAAAUCAAACCCUAACCCUAAAACCCCAAUCCCAUGUCUCCUCUUUUCCCCACCAAAACCCUAAUCCUAGAUUCAUCCACCCUCUUCAUCUCCUCUUACAAAUCCUUUUCCGCUCUCUCUUCCCAAACUACCCCUCCUACCUCCUUCAAUCUCCUCUCUGUCGAAUCUCCUCUCCCUCCAAUCCCUCCCAACUUCCCCCAAUCAAAAAUCGUCCCCAAAACUCGAUUCGUGAUUGACGGCUUCAAAUCAUCCGGGGAUUUCUCCGUCUCCUAUUUCCUCUCCCACUUCCAUGCUGAUCACUAUGCGGGACUCGGCCCCGCCUGGUCGAAAGGCAUGAUUUUUUGCUCCGAUACCACGGCCCGCCUCCUCGUUGAAAUCCUCAAAGUUACUCCUCUCUUUGUUGUCUCACUGACUCUCAACGAAAGUGUCAAGAUAGACGGCUGUGAUGUCACUCUCAUUGAUGCUAAUCACUGCCCAGGCGCUGUUCAAUUCUUGUUCAAGGUUCAGGGUGAGAGGUAUGUUCAUACCGGUGACUUCCGUUUCUGUAACUCAAUGAGAGCUGACUCGGCUCUCAAGGGUUUUGUGGGCGCAGAUGCGGUUUUCCUAGACACGACAUAUUGUCAUCCGAAAUGGGUUUUUCCAUUGCAAGAUGAAUCGAUUGAAUACGUGGCAAAAACGAUAGAAAGAAUUAGAACUGAAAAUAAGGGGCUGGGCAAUUCUAUCUUGUUUCUUGUCUCAACAUAUGUUGUUGGGAAAGAGAGAAUUUUGCUUGAAAUCUCGCGUCGGUGUGAUUGUUUAUUGCACGUAGAUGGUAGGAAAAUGGAGGUUUUACGUGUUUUGGGGUUUGCAGAUUGUGGGUUUUUUACGGAGGAUGCUUCAGGCAGUGAUGUUCAUGUGAUUGGUUGGAAUCUGUUGGGCGAGACAUGGCCUUACUUUCGACCCAAUUUCGUGAAAAUGAAGGAGAUUAUGGUUGAGAGAGGAUACUCAAAGGCUGUGGGAUUUGUUCCCACAGGGUGGAUGUAUGGAGCCAAGAAAGACGGGUUUGCAGUGAGGGCGAAGGAUUCAUGUGAGAUUCAUCUCAUUCCGUAUAGUGAACAUUCAAGCUAUGAUGAGUUGAGAGAUUAUGUGAGGUUCUUGAAGCCGAAGCGGGUCAUUCCUACUGUGGGUUUGGAUGUUGAGAAGCUUGAUAGCAAGCAUGCUGCUUCAAUGCAGAAGCAUUUUGUGGGUCUGGUUGAUGAGAUGGCCAAUAAACAUGAAUUCUUGAUGGGCUUUCAUCGGAAGUUACUGGAGACUGAUGACAAGGAAGUGGAUGUUGGCAUCGUUGAUUCGAACAGGGGAGUUGAUAUGGAGAACGAGGAUAACACACCUUCAACAGAUAUGGAAAAUGUCAAUGGUUUGGAGGAUUCAAUUGCACUGAAUGAGAAAUAUAUAGGAUUGUUAGAAGAGCUUCAAGAUUGUUUGCCAAAAUGGGUCACCCGGGAGCAAAUGUUAGAUCUGCUAACUGGAUCUCAUGGAGACAUUGUUGAAGCAGUUUCUGACUUUUAUGAACAUGAAACAGAAUUACAUGAGCAAGCAAUUGCCAAUACUAUGUCUGUCACCAGCUGUCAAAAAAGCCUGUGCAAAGAUUCCUCUUCCCUUCCUGAAAUAAAAUCCAUCAAUGGCACCCCUAACGAAAAAAUUACCACAAAUCAAAAUAACAAGUCACCUAACACAACUCGCUCUAUAAAAAGCACUGUUUCUCUGAGAAAAAAGGGUAUGAGCACUGAACAUAAACCAAGGAAGAAAGCAAGAUCAAGUUCAACUUCAGAAUCUAGUGGAUGCAAACAAUCUACCAUAACAAGGUUUUUUGGUAAACUUGUACCUGAUACUUCUCAGGUUGAUGGGCUUUCUAGUGCCGCGGCCAAGCAAUGUCCCAAUAGCUUAGACUUGCCAUUGAGUGAUGCUUUGGGAUCAUACAAAGAGUUGGAUCAGUUUCUUCAGAUAAUAAAUGGCAAUAUAUUGAGAGAUGAUGCAGCUUCUAUAUUGGAGAAGGCAAAAGGAGAUGUUAAUCUGGCACUGGACAUUCAUUACAGUAAUCGUGUUGGUGUAUCUGACAACGAAGAGGGGAGUUCAAAGCUCUGCAGCACAUCAGUUCAAACACAAUGCGAUAUUGCUGGGAAUGAAAGCAAUCGCCCUGAGGAAACAGCAAAUGUGCCUAAUGUAUUUGCACAGGGCCUUUCAUCACGGGAUAUGAAUGCAACUUUUGUAUCACUACCACUUGAAAAGUAUUGUCCUGUUGAGAAUGCAUGCUGGAGGGCUGGACAGCCUGCUCCCUAUUUACAUCUUGCUCGGACAUUUGAUUUGGUGGGGGGAGAAAGAGGCAAGAUAAAAGCCACUGGUAUGCUGUGCAACAUGUUCAGAAGCUUGCUUGCCUUGUCGCCUGAAGAUGUGCUACCUGCCGUGUAUCUGUGCACAAAUAAAAUUGCUGCUGACCAUGAAAACAUGGAACUGAACAUUGGUGGAAGCCUGGUCUCAGCUGCACUCGAAGAGGCAUGUGGAACAAACAGGUCCAAAAUAAGAGACAUGUACAAUAACUUGGGUGAUCUGGGUGAUGUUGCACAACUAUGCCGGCAGACACAAUCAUUACUUGCUCCCCCUCACCCACUUUCUAUCCGAGAAGUAUUUGCUGUGCUUCGAAAGAUAAGUACUGAAGCAGGCAGUGGAAGUACUGUUCGUAAGAAGAACCUCGUUGUAAAUCUCAUGCGUUCUUGUAGAGAGAGGGAGAUGAAGUUCCUUGUUCGAACAUUGGUUCGUAAUUUGCGCAUCGGGGCCAUGAUGAGAACAAUUCUACCAGCAUUGGCCCAGGCCGUGGUAUUGAACUCAUCUCCUCAUUUGCUCUGCAAGGGAACGCCCGAAGACCUAAAAAUGCAGCUUCAGGGCAUUUGCGGAGCAGUUGUUGAGGCCUACAAUAUACUUCCCAAUUUGGAUCUGGUUGUUCCUUCUCUCUUGAGCAAAGGCAUUGAGUUUUCUCCAACAACUUUGUCAAUGAUGCCAGGCAUACCUAUUAGACCCAUGCUUGCCAGAAUUACAAAUGGAAUAAAUCAAGUUUUGAAGCUGUUCCAAGGUAGAGCUUUUACAUGUGAAUAUAAGUAUGAUGGCCAACGAGCUCAGAUUCACAAAUUAAUGGAUGGGUCUGUGCAAGUCUUUUCACGAAAUGGUGAAGAAACAACAUCUAGAUUUCCAGAUUUGGUGAAUAUAGUUAAGGAAUCAUGUAAGCCUGCUGCGAUGACUUUCAUACUGGAUGCAGAGGUAGUUGCAGUGGAUAGAAAGAAUGGAAGCAAGCUGAUGGCCUUCCAACAACUAUCCUCACGCGAGAGAGGGAGUAAAGAUUCCUUGAUUACAAUGGAUAGCAUAAAGGUUGACAUUUGCGUCUUCAUCUUUGAUAUCAUGUUUGCCAAUGGAGAGCAGCUAUUGGCUUUUUCCCUACGUCAAAGGCGAAGAUAUUUGAAGGACUUAUUCUAUGAGGAAAAGUUGGGUUAUUUUGAAUUUGCGAAGGAAAUAACUGUGGAAGCUGAUGAAUCACGUUUGAAUGAUCAAGGCACAUUGACUAAGAUGAACUCAUUUCUUGAAGAUGCAUUUAAUUCAUCAUGUGAAGGAAUCAUGGUAAAAUCUCUAGAUGUUGAUGCUGGAUACACUGCAUCAAAGCGCACUGAAACAUGGUUAAAGGUGAAACGGGAUUAUUUGGAUGGUUCAAAUGACACUCUUGAUUUAGUCCCUAUUGGUGCUUGGCAUGGAAAUGGGAGAAAGGCAGGGUGGUACAGCCCUUUCCUUAUGGCAUGCUUCAACCCUGAUACGGAAGAAUUUCAGAGCGUGUGCCGUGUCAUGUCUGGAUUUUCAGAUUCUUUCUAUGUAGAGAUGAAAGAGUUCUUUUCUGGUGAAAAGAUCUUGUCCAAAAAACCUCCUUAUUAUCAGACGGCAGAAGUUCCGGAUCUAUGGUUUUCUCCAGAACUUGUUUGGGAAAUAAGAGGUGCAGACUUCACAAUCUCGCCUGUUCAUCAGGCUGCGAUCGGCUUAGUUCACCCUUCUCGAGGAAUCUCAAUCAGAUUCCCAAGAUUCAUCCGAUCUGUCUCGGAUAGAAAGCCAGAGGACUGUAGCACAGCAGCAGAUAUAGCUGAUAUGUUUCAGUCUCAGACACGAAAGAUGGAAGUGAGCGUUGAUGAUUGAUUUUUGUUCCAUCGGAUACAUGGACGGUGCCGGGUGUAGUAGAAUCUUUUGACACUUAAGGCCCAGUUUUUUGUAUGUACAGCUUAUUGAACUCUGUGGGCCCCAUUUUGCUUUCUUACUCGAAUGUAAAUUGCAGUCCUUGAGCUUAUGCCAUUUUCAAGGCACGCAUGUAUAGAUAAUGCUCUGUACUGGUAUAAGACCACCCAAAAAAUGGGAAAUACAGAAAUGUGGUUGGUCUGUUUUGGCAAA